GGUGCUUGUUGCGCGCUUGUUAUCAACAUUUCUCAUAUUUCAACCACGCCCCUCUGAAUGGCAUCUGUUGAUUCUACUUUUGCCCCUCAAUGGAAGUACGAUGUCUUCUUGAGUUUUAGAGGAGAAGACACCGGAAAAACUUUUACCGAUCAUCUCUAUACAGCUUUGGAUGAGAAUGGAUUUUAUGCCUUCAGAGACGAUGAAAAACAUGAGAAACGGGAAGAAAUUGCGCCAGAAUUCUUGACAGCUAUUGAAGAAUCAAAGAUUUCCAUCCUUGUAUUUUCGAAGAACUAUGCUUCUUCGAGGUGGUGUUUAGAUGAGCUGGAAACCAUAAUUAAGUCUAUGAAAAAACCGGGUCGAAUGGUUAUGCCGGUGUUCUACCAUGUUGAUCCAUCAGAAGUGCGAGAUCAGAUCGGAAGUUGUGAAGUAUUUUUGAGUCAUGAAAGAGAUGCCGAGGAGACGAAGGAGAAGGUGAAUAGAUGGAGGGCCGCCUUGAGGGAAGCAUCCAAUCUAGUGGGAUGGCGUCUUCACAAUCAGUAUGAGUCACAGCUUAUCAAGGAAAUUAUCACUGAUAUUCUUAGAAGAUUGAAUUGUGAGCUUCUGCAAGUUGAUUAUGACACAGUUGGAAUGGAAUUUCGUUUGAAAAAAUUGUUGUCGUUGAUAAAUCUUAAGUUGGAUAAGGUUCUCAUGAUUGGGAUAAAUGGAAUCAGUGGAAUUGGGAAGACUACCAUUGCCAAGGCUAUUUACAAUAAAAUCUCAUAUCAUUUCCAGAGUACCAUCUUUCUUACAAAUGUUGGAGAGAAUUCAAGAGGUCAUCAUCUCAAUCUACCACAAUUUCAGCAGCUACUUGAUGAUGCAUCAAUAGGAACAUAUGGAAGAACAAAAAAUAAAAGGGUUCUUCUUGUUGUUGAUGAUGUUGAUCGGUUGAGUCAAGUAGAAUACUUAGUUAAAUUACGUGAUUCGUUUAGCCUCCGAAGUAGAAUUAUCUUUACAACUAGAGAUAGACAUUUGCUAAAUGUGGCUAAAUUAGAUGCAUCAUAUGAAUCUAAAGGAUUAACUCAUGAGGAAGCUAUUCACCUCUUCAGUUGGCAUGCCUUUAAACAAACCUUUCCAAAAGAAGAUUAUGUGGGCCUUGUGAACCAUGUUGUAGGAUAUGUUAAGGGUCAUCCUUUAGCUCUUAAAGUGUUGGGUUCUUCUCUUUUUGGCAAGACAAUAACCGAAUGGAAAUGCAUAUUGCAUAAACUAAGAAAAAACACUCAUGGCGAAAUUUACAAUGAAUUAAAAGUAAGUUUUGAUGGACUAACUCCUACAGAGCAGGAGAUUUUUCUUAAGGUUGUAUGCCUUUUAAAGGGGAAAGAUGAGGAAUCUGUUUCAACAAUACUUGACAGUCUUGGGUUGGGCUCAGAAAGUGGAAUUCAAGUUCUUCAUGAUAUGUGUCUUGCAACAAUUUCAAACAAUAAGUUAUACAUGCAUGAUUUAUUACAACAAAUGGGUCAAAAACUUAUUGAUGAAAAUAAUCCCCAUGAGCCUAGUAAAAGGAGCAGAUUGCAGGACUCCAAGGAUGUGUAUCCUCGAUUGACAAGGAAUACGGGGACAGAAGAAAUUCAAAAGAUACAGUUCAGCAGUGCAGGUUUCCUGAAAAUGCCCAAAUUAUAUUCCCUAAUGCAUCUUCCUUUGAAAUCUUUGCCACCAAAUUUUCCUGGAGAUAGCCUUAUUUUUCUUGACUGGAGUCGUAGCAACAUAAGACAGCUCUGGAAGGAUGAGUAUCCUCGAUUGACAAGGAAUACGGGGACAGAAGCAAUUCAAAAAUUACUUUCCCCAAUGCAUCUUCCUUUGAAAUCUUUGCCACCAAAUUUUCCUGGAGAUAGCCUUAUUUUACUCGACUUGAGUCGUAGCAACAUAAGACAGCUCUGGAAGGGGAAUAAGAGUCUUGGAAACUUGAAGGUCAUGAAUCUCAGUUAUUGUCAAAAUCUCGUAAAAAUCUCAAAAUUUCCAUCUAUGCCAGCAUUGAAGAUUCUAAGGCUUAAAGGGUGCAAAAAGCUUAGGAGUCUUCCAAGUAGCAUCUGUGAGUUGAAAUGCCUUGAAUGUCUCUGGUGCUCUGGCUGUUCAAACCUAGAGGCGUUUCCAGAGAUCACAGAAAAGAUGGAAAAUUUGAAAGAGCUUCAUUUGGAUGAGACAGCUAUAAAAGAGCUACCUUCAUCAAUUUACCAUCUGACAGCACUUGAAUUUUUGAAUUUGGAACAUUGCAAAAACCUUGUGAGUCUUCCAAGUGGUAUUAGUAAGUUGGAACACCUUAAAAGUAUAUGUUUAUGUGCCUGUUCAAAACUAAAGAGCUUACCACCAACACCAGGAAGAUGGAAUAUUUAAAAGAUCUUUAUCUGGAUGAGACAGCUAUAAAAGAGCUAAACAUUAAUUGGAUAUCUGGAAGAGCUUGAACAUUUGGAUUUGUCAUUUUGCAAUGAUCUUGUGAGUUUUCCUGCUAUUAACAGUCAACUUUGUGGGCUAAGAUUCCUUGGUUUGAGCCACUGCAAGAGGCUUCAAAGCCACCCUGAGCUUCAAUCAAGUAUAGAGUAUGUAGAUGCACACCAUUACACCUGCUUGAAGACUUUGCUGUUUCCAUCAUUGUUGCCAUGGAAGAGGCAGACAUGGCCUUCUGUGUUCAAUUAAUACAAAUGGGAAAUUCAGGGGUCGGAAUUGAGGAGCUGUUUGCCUUGUCCAGAGAACGAACCACCUUCAUGUGUCAGCAGAGAAUUUGAUAUUUUCAUUUCUGGAAGUCAAAGAAUUCCAGAGUGGAUAAGUUGUCAGAUGGGAUGUGCAGUAAAAACAGAGCUUCCUAUGAAUUGGUAUGAGCAGAAGGGCUUUCUGGGUUUUGUUUUAUGCUCGGUCUAUGUUCCUCUCGAUACUGCAUCUGGCCAUGAAUCUGAGAAUACGUUUGAUGAUAUAUCUCAGAAUGAAUAUGCUCAUACAUCUAAGAAUGAAUCUGAGGAUGAAUUUGAGAAUUCCCCAGUUGAUGCAACACGCACUUGUCGUUUAGAAUGCAAAUUGACUGAUCAGAUUGGAGAGGUAGAUUUUCUUGCAUUUGGACCAACCCUUUGUGAAUACUACUUUAAUGGUGGUCCAUCCAAGCAAGUGUGGAUCAGGUAUUAUCCAAAGGUUGCACUUAAAAAGAAGUACUUCUCCAAUGAAUGGAGUCACUCGAUUGCUUCAUUUAAAGGCUAUCACAAUGGUACACCUCUAAAGGUGAAAGAAUGUGGAGUCUAUCUUAUAUAUGCUCGAUCUGAUCAACAUUAUAAUCUUCUUGCUGAAAGCCUUGAUGAUGCAGGAUCAAUUGUAGUUGAAAGUGAUAGCUUUGAUGUAGGUCAGCAACCAUGCCUUGAAGAUUGAAAAGAUCCACCAAUGACCAUGAGCUUCUGCUCCUGAAAAGUUCUCUCUGAAUACUUCAAGACUUACUGGAUGCAAAACGCUUAGGAGUCUUCCAAGUAGCAUUUGUGAGUUGAAAUGUCUUGAGCAUCAAGUGUUCUGGCUGUUCAAACCUAGAGAGGUUUCCAGAAAUUACAGGGAAGAUGGAAAUUUUGAAAGAGCUUCAUUUGGAUGAGACAACUAUAAAAGAGCUACCUUCAUCAAUUGGACAUCUGACAGUGGUUGAAGUUUUGAAUUUGGCAUGUUGCAAAAGCCUUAGCCUUGAAGGUUUUCCAGGUAGUAUUAGUAAGUUGCAACACCUCAAAAGUCUCUGUCACACUCACUGUUGAAACCUAGGGAGGUUUCCAGAAAUUACAGGGAAGAUGGAAAUUUUGAAAAAGCUUUAUUUGGAUAAGAUAACUAUAGAAGAGUUACAUGCAUCAAUUGAUAUCUGGAAGGACAGUGAUAUCGGUUCUCAUGGGACUCUUGGUAUCAAAUGCCGUUCAAAACGCAAACCUCUAUUCUUUAAGAAUACAACGAGCAAUCUGGGGUGAUUUGUCUAAGAUUCCUCAGUUUGAGCCUCUGCAAGAGGCUUCAAAUCCUCCCAGAGCUUCCAUCAAGUAGAAACUGUGUAGAUGCACACCACUGCAUCUGCCUGAAGACUUUGUCGAUUCCAUCAUUGUCACCAUGGAGGAGGCAGUCACGGCCUUUUCUUUUCAAUAACUUCAAAUGGGAAAUUCAGAUAUGAUUUUCAUGGAACACAACUAUUAAUCUAGACAUGUGAUUUACAUGGUACUUUUUUGCAGGAGUUGGAAUCAAGGAGCUGUUUGUCUUGUCCAGAGAAUGAUCCAUUUUCCAAUGUCACCAGGGGAUUUAAUAUUCUGACUUCUGGAAGUCAAGCAAUUCUGAAGUGGUUCGGUUAUCAGAAAGGAAGUGCAGUAACAAUAGAGCUUCCUAUGAAUUGGUACAAGGAUAAGGGGUUUCUAGGAUUUGCUUUAUGCAGUCUAUGUUCAACUUGAUGCUGAAUCUUGCCAUGAAUUUGAGAAGCAAUCUGAGAAUAAGUUUAAUGAUAAAUCUCAGAAGGAAUAUGCUCAUACACCUAAGAAUGAAUCGGAUGAUGAAUUUGAGAGUUCCCCAAUUGAUGCAACAUGCACUUAUUGUUUAGAAUGUAAAUUGACUGAUCAAAUUGGAGGGGUAGAUUUUCUUGCAUUUGCACCACCCCUUUGUGAAUGCUACUUUAAUGGUGGUUCCUCCAAGCAAGUGUGGAUAAGGUAUUAUCCAAAGGUUGCGCUUAAAAAGAAGUACCUCUCCAAUGAAUGGGGUCACUUGACUGCUUCAUUUAAAGGCUAUCACAGUGGUAUACCUCUAAAGGUGAAAGAAUGUGGAGUUCAUCUUAUAUAUGCUUGAUCUGAUCAACAUGAUAAGCUUCUUGUGGAAAGCCCUGAUCAUGAAGGACCAAUUGGAGUUGAAAGUGAUAGCUUUGAGGUAGGUCAGCAACCAUGCCUUGAAGGUUGAGAAGAUCCACCAAUGACCAUGGUUAAGCUUCUGCUGCUGAAAAGUUCUCAGAAUUCUCCAAGACUUAUUGGCAAAUUGCAGAAUCCUAUUCAUCGAGCCUUGGAUUUGAAAAUCUCAGUACGUCAAGGUGGAUGGCCCAACACUGAACUGAUCCUAACUGAUCAAGGCAGGUCGCUCAUUACAAGUUCAGUUCCAAUUUUGAGUUAAGCUUUCGGGUUCCAUUCAACUUGGUUUUCCACCAUAUUUUCAGACUCAGAGACUGAUCAAGUCCCCAAGCAAGGAUGUACGAUCAUGUUUGUUUAGAUCAUGCUUUAGAUUGUGUUUAGAUAAGGUAUUAAUUUCAUGCAUAAUAUAUGUGGGAUCCCCACGUCUGUCUCGCAUGAAUCCCUUUCCCCGUCUAGAUUACAGAUGGCCAAAAUGUUAUGGGGACAUCAUUCAAGCAAUGAAUACUGGCAGUAAAUACUGAACCAA